UUAGAACUAGCGCUAGAAAAGAGAGCAAGUAUGGCGUGUAGCAUAUAUAUUUAUAUAUAUAAAUAAAUAAAUAGAUUUCUUAACUCUUAAAUCUAACACUGUCCCUGAUAUAAAGACAAUAUUCACACUCUCUCAUUUAUAUGACCACUCCCUAACCACAAGCUGCUGCCUAUUCCUGCACCAACACUAUAGCCUAUAUCUCUGCCCAAACACCAUCUCUGAUAUAAGGCUCCUGUAUGGUCCUUGCUCUAUUUAGUAAUGCUUUAAAGCUUUUCUUGCUCAUGCUUUUAAUGUAUAGCUACACUUCAUUUUACUGUUCUGUGUUUACGCUUAGAGUUAUUCAGCUUUAACAUUUGUUUCAAAUACAUACUGCACAUUAUAUCAAAGUUUUAAAGAUCUCUGUUUUGAAGAAUCUAAGUUAAAUAUUCCUCAUUACAUUCUUGUCACUUCAUUAAACUUUCUUUGUAGUAAUACUUCAGUAAAGGUAUUUUGAAAUGUCCAAAUUCAUUGUGUAUGUCUUUUAUACUGCGUAUUGCAUUGCUAUUAUUGCUUUUUUAAAAAGGUCUUUGUUUUGAUCUUGGAGUGAAUCAAUAUCACUUUUUAACUCUUAUCUUUACCUUUUCAGUACAAAUAAUUAAAUAUAUAGUAUGACAGUUUCCCCAGCAGUCCAGAGUGAGACUUUAUAUGUGAGCUGGUAUUGUUCCCAAUGAAGAGGGCCAGUCCAUAUGGGUUUCUCAUGAAGCAGCAAGUUGGACUGGUAAUUUCACUGUGCAGAUUGCAAGUGAGAUUGCUGGUGUGCACCCCCCCCCCCCCCUCGGAGAUGCAGGAGUGAGUCUGUUCAUGGACUCCCUCUUGGGAACGCAUGGUUUGUGAGCAGGAUCGAGUUGCUGUGUGCGACGGAAGCUUCUCUUGACUGACGUGGUCGGUACGUUAGUCAGGGUGAAUGCAAAUCAUGUCUCCCGAUGCAGCCGUCUCUCCAACACUUUUUGCAGGAACGGGAUUGGCUGGUUUCAGGUAGGGGUGCCUGGAGGGAUCAGACUUUUAGUUCUACCAAGAAAGGUUUGUUGCAUGAGUUCCAAGUGAAUACCUGUCUUGAGAGGUCCAAAUCUAAUCAUUUUUCAUUGCAAAUGUUAUUGCACUGCUUUUUGACAACAUGUAUACAUAUUAUACAUUAAAAGUAAUUGAUUGGAAUUAUAAAGUACUUGAUUUGUCUUUUAUUUUUAAAGUGUGUUUUAUAUCACAAUAUUCUAAAUUAGUUUAAUUACAUUUGUUUUCUUUCAAUCUUGACAAAUGUAACCUUGUUUUCUGCAAACAAACAAAGUAACUCAAUUGUUUUAUUUGCUGGAGUGCUAGUUGUUUUUUGCUAUUAAUACACUUAACUUGCAUCCUAGCUCCACCUUUCAGUGACAGGCAUCGUGGUGGGUGAUGUGACACUGUCUGUAUCUGUCAGUAGUGAAGACAUUUAGUGGCAGAGACACUUAACCCAUCAAAUCUCUCCCAGGGUAUAGGUCGCUCUAACUUUUAGACUUGUAUUUUAAGUUUUUAUUUAUUGUUUUUAAUAUAGAUUUAUAUCUUCCUCCUUUUUAGGUUUUAAAUGAUUCAGUUAUUUAAAAUGAGAAAGUAAUGUAAGAUAUUGCCUCCCAGCUCUGAACCUCAUCAGAAAGACAUCAAAAAUGAAAUGAACAAUAUGCCUAUAGUCAACCGUUUAUAUAUUACAAAAGUGUUUUGCAGCCACUUGUAGUUUUUUCUUGUUCUCUCUCUCUCUCUCUCUCUCUCUCUCUCUCUCUCUCUCUCUUUUUUUUAGUAAAGCAGCGACAUAGUUAGUCAAAUAAACAAAUAUCAUGACUGUAGUUGUCUGUUUUUAGUAAAUAAUGUCCAUUAUGCAGUUCAUUUGCAUUUGAAGUAUAACAGUUGAAUACAGUAGUCCCUCGCUAAACCAGACUUGUUGGGAGACACGCCCAGCACACCACACGGCUGUGCUUUUACCAGGUGAGCCACUUGGGGACCACCUAUUAAAAGCUCUUAAUUUCAGUGAUUUAGUAGGCUACUUGUAGGUCUGUUUGUUCCUCUGUUUAUUUUCGUUGCUGUAACCUAAAAAAAGAACAGCUGCUUUUGAAGUGUCUGCUGUGCUUUCAUUCAAUGAUUUUCCAGCACCUAGAUUUUUAAAUUAACCACUUCAGUUCAUGUUUAAAAUAACAACAAAUUAAAAAUAAAAUUUGGGGGGGUGAAGACAAAAUCCUGUUUUAGACAAUGGGCUUCUGUAGGUGGAGGAAAGUAAUCAAACCAAAACAGCAAACUCAGUGUGGCUGUGGAAAGGCUGUUUGGUGCCUCUCUCUUUACUUUGACUAACUCCGACACCCCCAGCAAAACUCAUAUUGGAGCGACCUGAAAUUACCUUUGCUUUGGAUACUAUUCGGCCCUUCUUCCUGGCUUUAGACUUAGUUAUUCUGUAUUACUGUAUAUUACUACUUAAUCGUUCUUGUGAUCAUACUGGGAUUUAUCGCUAAUAUGCUUUACUUUAAACUGUUAGAUUUGUUUCUCUCAAGAGCUGCAAACCACUGUGCUGCAGAUUAGUGGCAAUGCUUCUAAAAUACAAUGUUACAGUGUUGUGUGUUGAUGGAAUUGAUUAUUCUUGUUACUUGGAGAAAACCUUUUGAAAAUUGUAAUAGUAGCUUCAAAGACAACACUGCUUUCAGAUCAAACUACAGACAUUAAUUUAACUACUGUGUUACAGAAUUAAGACACCCUGCUAAAUCCAGGAUACUAACCUUUAAACUAGCAUUUUAUGUUACACUUGCUUCAUUUUAGUUCCAACACCAUAGUUUUGAAGAAAGUAGUUAAUUUGUUUUAGGAAGGAUUAUAAGAUAUGUAUGAAACAGGACUGUUAAUAAGCACAUACCAGUUAAAAUAAGUAACAUUUUAUUGAAGGUUUCAGACUACGACUGUACUUAUUACAGGUUUUACCUUUAAUUAGCAUAGUUACUCCAACAUACUUUCAUGAGUUUACCUACACAAUAUUUAAUUAUUGUUCUGAAUGUUUGAAUGUUAAAUGUUUAGCACCUUAUUUUCUCAUAACGUAUUCCCUAAGACUGAGGGAGCUGAAGUUUUGAUGCAGACACUGCCUUGCUUGGGAUGCCAACAACAAAAAAUCUGCUCGCUUUCUGACAACUAACAAAUUCAAAUUAAUAAUGGAAUGCUUUCGAAAUAUUGUAAACUUUAUUUGAUGCCAUCAGUGUGGCACAUUUAAAGAAACACAUUUGUACAAUUUGGGAUAUUGGUUCCAUUUUCACAUUUUAGGGUGGUUCAGAAGUCACUUGAGCUGUUGAUGGAUGUAAUGGGUGGGAUAACUUGUGCCAUAGAGCAAUGAAACUUUGCAUUCAUGUAGCAUUAGUGAAGCCUAUUGGGGGAAGAGGGUCAUAUGGUUCGCACAUUGGGUGCACUGUCCUAGCAUGUCUAUAGGUGCUCAAAAUGACCAGGGUUUCCAUCAUGCAUCCUUACAAAGUAUCCCAUGCAGCAAAUCCACAAGAAUUGCAAGCUUAACUUCAUGGAUAAGGCAAGGCCCCUUAUUAGCAAGGGCUGUAUUUAUCAAGUCUUUAUUCCAAGUUUUUGGGAAGGAAAAUAUGGUAAUGAGAUUUUUUGUGUCCUUCCUGAUUUAAAAAAUGUACAUUUUCCUUUCACAAAGAAAUAUGCAAAGCACACUUUCCUAUAAAGACCUAGAUAAGUGUCAACCAUAUUGUCGUCUUCAGGUUUCAUUGCUCUAUGGUGCCUACUCCCCCUUCUCCCUGGUGACCUUUGAACCAACCUGUAAUUGAUUAAAAUACACUUCUCUUCAGUUUUUUUUGUUCAAUUAUUUUAUUUUCAAAAACAUGAAUCUUGAAUGAUCAGCAUUUGUUGCUCAUUCGUUGUCUUGUUUUUGUUCCAGGAAAUUCCCUCUGAAGCAGGGAGUGUCUGCAUAUAAAAUGAUCUGCAGUUCUCUGCUUCAUAGAUGCCACUUCCACCUCUUCUAUCUCCAUGGGUGGUCCUCGCAGUUCUUUUACCGCAUCUUCUAGCCCCACCAUACACUCCUCUACCUCAGUCACUGAUCGCACAGCUCUUCGAGUUGACAAAUGCUCUCCGAGCGAGGGGGUAAGUAGCCAAGGGAUGACUGAGGUCCACUGUGUAGAGACACUGACUGGUGGUGGUGGUGGUGGUGGCGGCAGUGGCGGAGGAGGAGCCCAGCAGCAUCAGACGACUCCCUCCAAGAGGCGGACGGUCCUGAAUAUCUCCCCGCCCCCUGAGGACCUGCUGGAUAACAGCCGGAUGUCAUGCCAGGAUGAUGGUUGUCCCGACUCGGAACUGAGCAACAGCAUUUGGAUGGAAGACUCGGCCUCCAACUUCAGCAUUGUGAGCUCCAGCUCCUACAAUGACAACACAGAGGUUCCACGCAAGUCUCGGAAACGUACGCCACGGCAGCGGCCCGGCCCGAAGCCCAUUACAGUGAACGGGGCCAGCCUGGAUGUGUUUGAUGCAGACAGCGCAAAGGGACCUCACUUUGUUCUCUCACAGCUGGGAUCUGACAGCAAGACUUGCUCCAAGGGAGGCCCUGCAGAGGGGACACAGUCGUCAGCACAGAAGGGUCCCACCCUGUCUGGCCAGUAUCCCAGUAAAAGUGAGGGCAAAGAGCUGAAGAUUGUAGUGCAGCCAGAGACGCAGCACAGGGCGAGAUACCUCACUGAGGGCAGUCGGGGUUCUGUCAAGGACCGAACACAGCAAGGCUUUCCCACCAUUAAACUGGAAGGUGUAAGUGAGACUGUGGUGCUGCAGAUUUUUGUGGGUAGCGACUCCGGCCGUAUAAAGCCCCAUGGCUUUUACCAGGCCUGCAGAGUGACUGGCCGCAAUACAACACCUUGUAAGGAGGUAGACAUUGAGGGCACAACAGUCAUUGAGGUGUGCCUGGAGCCUGCUAACAACAUGACUUUGGCUGUGGAUUGCGUGGGGAUUUUGAAGCUCCGGAAUGCUGAUGUUGAGGCUCGGAUUGGAGUUGCUGGUUCCAAGAAGAAAAGCACACGAGCCAGACUGGUUUUCAGAGUCAGUAUUAGUCGCUCUGACGGGUCCAUACUAACAUUGCAGACUCCGUCGUCUCCUAUUCUGUGCACUCAGCCCGCUGGCGUGCCUGAAAUUCUGAAGAAAAGUCUUCACAGCUGCUCAGUGAUGGGGGGAGAAGAGGUGUUUCUAAUCGGAAAGAACUUUCUUAAAGGAACAAAAGUCAUUUUCCAAGAAAAUGUAUCAGAUGAAAAUCCUUGGAAAGGGGAAGCAGAAAUUGAUAUGGAGCUGUUUCAUCAGAAUCAUUUAAUUGUUAAAGUUCCUCCAUACCAUAAUCCAAAAAUAAGUUCACCAGUUUGUGUUGGGAUAUAUGUAGUAACAAAUGCCGGGAGAUCGCAUGAAGUACAGCCUUUCACAUACACUCCAGAACCAGCUAACAUUGUGGAGGUCAGUGUGAAAAAAGAGGUGCCAUCCCCAGCCCAGUCCUGCUCCUUCGAAGAAUCAACUAAAGGUAUGAAAACCCAAAGCUGUACAAUGGACAAGGCCAGCCUGCUUCCCAGUGCCUUGAUGACCAAAAAUGAAGAGGUCACCCCCAUGGAGGUGUCAUCCAACCAGACUGCAACAAACGUCUUCAAGACUUCUGAUGUUAUUGGAUCAGCACAGCAAACUUUGGACAUGAGUUUGAACAUAUCCUUGAGCAGCAUCCCUUUUUCCAACUCUGUGUCUCACCAGUUGGGGGAGCCAGAGCAGCACCAGCAGAUCCAGUCCACAAGCUUUUCCAACAUUGAGCCUCUGAGCACUAUCCAGAAACAAGACAUUGCGCCAACCAGCCCCCUGCUCCAGCAGGUCACCCAGCAAUAUCAGAGACCUGAUCUCCUGCUGGAUCACAGAGAUGCUUUGUCCCAGGAGAGGGUGCCAGACGGAGAGAGCGUGAUGGAAAUGCAGCAGCUUGGCAAGACAUCUCAACAACAACAGCAAUCCAUAGAGCAGCAACAGCCCAUACAGCAACAAACCAUGCAGCAGCAACAACCCAUACAGCAACAAAUCAUGCAGCAGCAACAACCCAUACAGCAACAAACCAUGCAGCAGCAACAAUCCAUACAGCAACAAACCAUGCAGCAGCAGCAGCAGCAACAAUCCAUGCAGCAGCAGCAACAAUCCAUGCAGCAGCAGCAACAAUCCAUGCAGCAGCAGCAACAAUCCAUGCAGCAGCAGCAUCAAUCCAUACAGCAGCAGCAACAAACCAUACAGCAACAAACCAUGCAGCAGCAGCAGCAACAAACCAUGCAGCAGCAACAAACCAUGCAGCAGCAGCAGCAACAAACCAUGCAGCAGCAGCAGCAACAAUCCAUACAGCAGCAGCAGCAGCAACAAACUAUGCAGCAGCAACAAACCAUGCAGCAGCAGCAGCAGCAGCAACAAUCCAUUCAGCAGCAAACCAUGCAGCAGCAGCAAUCUAUACAGCAACACCAGCAGCAAUCCCUGCAACUCUCGUCUGACCUCUUUCCAGCAGAUGGGGUGGAGCAGCUGGAAAGAGCUGUGCGUCAGCUUCAGGCUAGUUUUUCUCGGGGUAGUGAAGCCAGUCUUGUACAGCAGGUCCUGGAGGUGGCCGUCCAGCAACAGCAGCAACAACAGCAGCUGAACUCUGUUCUGUUCAGUCCCAGCUCCGUACCAGGGAGCAUGCAACAACAACAACAAGUGCAAGAGAACAUGAACAACAUCUUCCAGCAGGUUAAUUCUUCCAUGUUCCCAUCUCCUGACUCCACCAAGAAUCUGGAGAACACUGGGAUGCAGACUUCUGAAGGGUCACUAGCUAGCCAGCAGCAGCAACAGGCUCUGGAAAACUUAAGCCUCCAGCACCAGCUGCAGUCGGAUCUUUUUCCCUCCCAGGUCCAGGGAGCUAUGACUGGCCAGAUACCCAUGCAGUGUGGGUUGUUCCAGGGAGGCUCAGUGAAUGAAAAUCCGCAACAGCAGCUCACUCCACAGGGUUUGUUCCAGCCCCAAAGCGCAGGGGCUCCUAGUGAAGAUGAUGGGUCUCAGCCCAAGCAAAUGCAGACCAGUGUAUUUCAGAACAUGGUGCAAACCCAGGGGCAGGUUGGGACCCUUUUUCAGACACCUGAGAGCAUGAUUCACAGUGGCUCCCAGCAGCAAGGGUCAUUGUUCCAGCAAGCAGAGGAGAUGCUUUCCAUCCAGGUCCCUGGCUUUCUCCAACAGCCUCCCUCACACCCUUCUCCUCCUCAGCUGUUUCACUCCCAGAGCCCCAUGAGCGAUGCCCAAGACCCUCCGACAACCUUGUUUCAAAAUCAGAAACACUCCCCAACUCAGGAGCAGGUUCAAGCUGCCAUGUUUCAGAGCUCACUGACAGUGUUGACCAACUCCCCCCUACAACCAGACCAGCAACAGCAUGGCUCGGGCCGCUUCCUGUCACAGAAUAAUGUGACCACACUGCAGUCUGGCCAGAUCGCCCAAGACAGCAAGCAGCAGCAGCAGCAACAACAACUUGCUUUCUUGACCUCUCUCCAGAGUUCAGGCUCAACUGAGCAGCAGUCUGUAUCUGUUUUCCAGCCCCAGGAUAAGAGCUCCCUCCUGCAAGAGAGCACCCCCAUGGAUCAGCAGCCACAGCAAGAUGCAGUGUUCCAAACCAUGUCAUCUUCAGCAAAUGGGCUGUCGCCAAGCCAGCAGGGGGCAUUCUUUCAGUCCCAGCAUUCUAUGGGCUCCUCUCAGGAGCAGCAGCAACAGGCAGGGCUUCUUCUCUUCAGCGGACAAAAUCAGAUGCAGCAGUUAAACAGCAGUCUCCCUCCCCAGGAGCCUCAGAACCAGGCCAUGUUCUUGACCCAGUCCAACUUGGUGUCUGUCAGUCCACAGGAGCAGCCACAGCCGAUGUCUUUCGAAAACCAGAGCUCGGUGGCAGGAGGGACGCCACAGAAUGAGCAGCCUCAACAGGCCCUCUUCCACAACCCGCAGCAAAUGCAGUUAGUGCAGGGUUCCAGCAGUGCCUCUGAGUCUCAUGUAACCAUCUUCAUGCCUCAGGCCUCCCUACCUUCCCUUCAGGGUAGCGUGAGCCAACAGGAGCUGCCCCAAGCAACCAUCUUCAGCUCGCAGACGAGCAUCCCCUCCCCAGUUCAGCCACAGGGUGUGCUGUUUCACACAGCUGCAACCAGAACAAUAAACCAGCCUGGCCAACCUCAGCAGACAUCAGGUCUGUUCCUCUUUGGUAUUCAGAAUGCAGAUUGCGGCCAGUUAAUCACCUCAGGAGGUUCCACUUUGUCAGAUCAAUUAAUUGCCAUCAGUCAGUCGGGUCAGAAUCAACGUGAGAAAGAGGCCAGCAUCCAGUCUCUGUUAACACAGACAAUAUCAGAGCCAGGAACCAUCCCCAAUGCCAUGACUGCCUCUCAGAACAUGGAGAAGAUUGAUGACCUGCUGGUGAGCUUGCAGGACCAGAGCAACAUGACCCGUUCCUUCUAGAGUCUGAUGCAGGACCUGUGAGAAACCCAGCUUGGAGACAGAUGGGAAGAUUUAUUUGUUUUUACUCAGCACUGUAAAGAAGCUGAAAGUGGGAUAUGCUUACCAAGAGGGUCCCCAUGAAGGAAUACUUGGCAUCAAGAUCUCAGAAGUGCAUUGUUUUUGCAUCCAUUUUUUAAAUGUGAUUUUAUAUCUCACCAUCUAUGAGUAGAGCUAUUUUUUGGGGGGUAUUAGGCAAACUUGUGACCGUGUACAAAAAUAUAAUUUCUGAACGAUUACCCACAGUUGUCAGGAUUAUUCCAGCGUAGCUUUGCUAUUCAGCUGUCGCUAUAGAGAAAGCAUAUCAUGUAGCUGAUCUCAAGUUUGUUAAACUUCUGAAAUAUCUCAACACAUAAAUAUGUGUACAUAGUGCAAAGUAUACAAAUGUUCUGAUUUUGUAAAGUAUUUCCACUUUUGGGAGUGAAUCUAAAUUAUUCAUAAGCUCUGCAGAAUUGUGCAGAUUUUCAUCAGUUCUGAGAGCUACAUUAUUUUUCUCCGUUUCAGCUGACCUUUUAUUUUUCCUAACUACAAAUGAAUAAAUGUGCAGUAAAACUGUUUGUAUAGCAUUACUUUAUUUUCUUUUUUUUUUUUAAGAAGAUACUUAAAAACAGAAAACAGUUUGUAAAAUACUUUUGACAUAUCUUCUGCACUUUAUAAUGCUUUACUUUGUGACCCUGUAUCUACCUAUUAACCUUUCCAUAAAUUUGUUAGUCAGCUAUUUAUGGUAAUAUUUUUAGAAAUUAUUCCAGUCUUUUUAAUUGUAAUAUGGAUAUCCCUCCCCUUGUUUACUGUAUAUAUAUAUUUAUCAUAUUUUCAUACUUUCACGUUGUUUGAACCAAUACCAGAUACUUUUUUCUUAUAUAUA